CGUAGCAAACGCCACAUUCUUUCCUGCUUUCUCCUCCUUUCCUUUUUAUCCAAUUAAAAGAAAAGAAAAGAAAACGAUGGAUUAUGGCAGGCUCGGGAAAGCCGAGCCAGGUGGCGCCUCCACCCGCAUCCAAUUCCAACCCUCCCACCUCCCCUCUAAACCAAAACUUUCCAAACUCCGCCUUCUCCUCAUCGUCGCCGCCACACUAAUGGUGGUCGCCGCCGCCUCCGCCGCCGUGGCGCUCGUCAUACAACACAAAACCAACUCCAAACUGCAGAAUCGGCGCCCGUCUCAGGCCAUGUCGAGAGCAUGCAGCCGCACGCUCUACCCUUCUCUCUGCCUCAAUUCGCUCAUCGACUUCCCCGGCGCCCUCGCCGCCGACGACAAAGACCUCGUCCACAUUUCCCUCAACCUCACUCUCCAAAAAGUCGGCCGCUCGCUCUACGUCUCCUCCGAGAUCACCAACCUCGCCAUGGAUCCUCACAUUAGGUCUGCAUACGACGACUGCUUAGAGCUCCUUGACCACUCAAUCGAUCUCCUCUCCCGCUCAAUCACCUCCGCCGCCGAGCCGGCCGGGUCCACUCAGGACGUGUUGACCUGGCUCAGCGCCGCUUUAACCAAUCAGGACACCUGCAAGGAAGGAUUCGAUGAGCUCGACGGCGACGUCAAGAAUCAAAUGUCGGAGAGGAUAAAGGAUUUAUCGGAGCUCGUGAGCAAUUCUCUCGCGAUAUACUCCGCCGCGGGAGGCGACGACGGUUUCUCCGAUAUUCCGAUUCAGAAUCGGCGGCGGCGAUUGCUGCGCGACGACGAGCGCUUCCCGGUGUGGAUGUCGCGGAGGGAGCGCUUGCUGCUGGAUAUGCCGGCGUCGGCGAUUAAUGCGGAUAUAACCGUGUCAAAGAGCGGCAACGGAACGGUGAAGACGAUCGCGGAGGCGAUCAAGAAGGCGCCGGAGCACAGCAGCCGGCGGUUUAUCAUCUACGUGAGGGCAGGAAGGUAUGAGGAGAAUAACUUAAAGGUGGGAAGAAAAAAGACGAAUAUAAUGUUUAUCGGUGAUGGGAAGGGCAAGACGGUCAUUACAGGCGGGAAAAGCGUACAAGACAAGUUGACGACAUUCCACACCGCAUCCUUUGCUGCAACCGGGUCCGGGUUCAUAGCAAGAGACAUAACAUUCGAGAACUACGCGGGGGCAAGCAAGCACCAAGCAGUGGCCCUGCGCAUGGGGGCAGACCACGCGGUAGUGUACCACUGCAGCAUCAUCGGGUACCAAGACACCCUCUACACACACUCCCAGCGCCAGUUCUACCGCGAGUGCGACAUCUAUGGGACCGUGGACUUCAUCUUCGGCAACGCGGCCGUGGUGUUCCAGAAGUGCAAUAUCCAGGCGCGGAAGCCGAUGCCGCAGCAGAAGGUCACGAUCACCGCGCAAAACCGCAAGGACCCAAACCAGAACACGGGCAUCUCCAUCCACGACUGCCGCAUCACGGCCGAGCCCGCCCUCGAGUCAUCCAAGGGUCAGUACCCGACCUACUUGGGCCGGCCGUGGAAGCUCUACUCGAGGACUGUUUACAUGCUCUCUUACUUGGGCGAUCACGUUCAUCCCAAGGGCUGGCUCGAGUGGAAUGGGGAUUUUGCGCUUGAUACGUUGUAUUAUGGGGAGUACAUCAACUCUGGGCCGGGGGCUGGGUUAGGGCAGCGCGUGAAGUGGCCGGGAUAUCAUGUCAUUACAUCAGAAGAGGAGGCCGGGAAGUUCACUGUAGCCAAGUUCAUCUAUGGCUCGUCGUGGCUCCCGGCCACUGGUGUCGCUUUCGUUGCCGGCCUCUCCUCUUGAUUUACUAUAUGGUGGUAUAUAAUACUAGUAUAUACUUAUAUUUAAAAGGAAAGUGUUUUAUCUAUAACACCAAUAAUUGGGGGUUACGAAAUGUAAUAAUGCAAUUACACAUUGACGCAUGAAAUAGUAAUUCUUGGAAUUUGACAGA